CACAUUCCUGGACGACGAGAAAAGUUUGACGAGGAAAGAGAAGGAUUUCGUGACACCAAGGAUUGCCCGCCCUCGAUAUCGACCGGACAUUCUGUUUGCUAUUGGUAGGGGUUGGAAAGUAAGAUAUAGAGAUGUGAUCGAAGCGUACGACGCACGAGCUGACCGGUGGACUGUGGUGGAGGAAGUCGACUCGGUCGGUCCGUAUUUGUUCCAAUGCGCGGCAGUAGUCGGUUUCGACAUUUACGUCAUCGGUGGUACUGGUAGGUGCCUUGCAGAUUUGAACACAUGCCGCUGCUUAAACGCUGUUACGAAGACGUGGCGCGAGGUGGCGCCUAUGCAUGAACACAGAUCCAAUUUAAUGGUGGCAGUUCUGCGAGGUGCAGUGUACGCCAUGGGCGGUUUCUAUGAUUGUCUGCGUCUCAGUACGGCGGAAAGAUACGACUGCGAGACAAAUCAGUGGUCUUUGAUCGCUCCCAUGAAGACAGCGCGAAGUGAUGCAAGUGCGGCUGUGCUGAAUGACAAAAUAUACGUCGCUGGUGGAUGCAGUCGUGGUAAUAUCCUAAACUCUGUGGAAGUUUAUGACCCGGACACCAACCGAUGGACGUUCGUUACACCAAUGAUUUCUGGACGUAGUCAUUUUGGUUGCGUCGCGUUCCACGGCUGCCUGUACGCCCUAGGAGGAUACAAAGGGAUAUCAUCCGAGCUCAGUACCGAAAAGUACGACCCUACAGAAGACACGUGGACCGAGAUCCCUGACAUGAACAUCUAUUCAUAUGAACUCAAAGCAGAAGUGAUCGACGACAAGAUUUUUGCCAUCGGUGGACCUUUGAACAAGUGCUCCGCAUAUUUCGAUGCCAAGGAAUUUCGAUGGCACCAGGUGACAGACUUGAAUGAUUAUAGAUACUCUCUGUCGACUUGUGUCAUCAAGAACCUACCGAAUGCAAGCGAUUACGAGUACAAACACAGAGAAAAUCAGUAGUUUGCAGUUGUUUACAACCACGACGAACACAUUAAUUUUAAUUACGUUAAUUUCGAAAAUUAUGUAGAAAACUAGGAAUUGUUGUAGGAGCUACAAAAAAAAUAAAAGAGAAAUAUUGUUUGCAACAAACAA